UCAGGCUGUGCCGGUCGACCUACGCCAAGGGGUUGGAGGAGACCUCCCGCCGCGCAUCCCCGCUCCACCUUCCAAUCGAUAGUUGCGACAGAUCGCGAGGAGCGAAAGGCUUGGACGCGAAGGCGCAACUCUUGAAUCUUGCAGUUUCUGAUUAGUUGAUUGGAAUGAUCCCUUUCCCCAAUGUCUUAAUGCAGCCAAAGGCCCUUUUUUUUUGUCAUCAUCAAGAGGUAUGAUCAUCUUGAUAUCUUUUAUAAGUACCUGAUCUUACUUCUAAUUAAGAAAAAUGCUUGUGAAAGCUCGAUAAUAGCCAGCGUGAGCGUCUUCUUUUCCUACAGAAAUUUGGCAAGCAAUAAUCCGUACUAAUGAAUGGCUUUAAUAGCUGAUUUUACUCAAUUCUUUGUCUAUUGUCACCAGUAAUUGAUGUGCACUGUUGGUCCACAAACUUCUGGACAGAGAUCUAAUUGUUGUUGCAUAUUGGUGAACCUGGGAUAGAGGUCUAGUGAUUGAUGUGACAUAGAAGGGCAAAGUACAAAAUUACAGUAUUGGAGAAUUCAAUGUUGCAAUUUGCAUGCACAAGAUUUUCUGAAGCAGUGUUUGUGGCCUCUUCGAAAAGGGGAGUAUUUUGCCUUUAAACAGUGGAUAGAUCCCCUAAUGGUCUUCUGAUCGCUUGAAAUGUUCGAAGGAACGCUGUGAUGCAUUGAAGCAAAAGAGGAGUCAUCCAUUGCAGUAAUUGUUGUUAGCAAAGUUUUUGAGGGCAAGUAGCCAUCCAUCACAGCCACUGUGAACAGCUUGGUAUGGUUUCUGAUGCGAUCUUCAUCUUUGCCACUUUCCUGCUUGAUUUAAUAUUCUAGUUUCGUGUUAUGACCAUUGUUCAAUCAGAUAUUUCCGGGAUGAACUAUUUUAAUUUUCUGCCUCCUAUACUGUUUGCAAGCUCCAGAUGACCUUUGUGUUGUUCAUGCAUUGCUCUUUGUGCUGUUGAAGUUGGUUGUUUUGAUGCAGAGCUCGUUGGAUUCUCGUUGGAACCUGGCGGCGGCGAUUUCCGUGACCUAUCUUUCAGGUUCCUCAUCUUGUUCAAUGUGAAAGCUCGUUUUGUUCGUUGUCUUUGUCAACGCACGCCAGGGGAUACAGCUCAGAGUUCGUUCGAUGGAUUGGUCAGACCGCAACAAGAAGCUAUGAAGCCAUAGCAUAUGCUGGGUUCAGGAGGAGGAAGGGAGAGCAGAUGGAUAAGAGUCAGAAGAGUAGCCACAGGAGCCUCCCCAAGAGGAUCAUACUGGUGAGGCAUGGGGAGAGCCAGGGGAACCUGGACAUGGCGGCUUACACCACGACGCCGGACUACCGGAUUCCGCUCACGGUGCUGGGCGUCGAGCAGGCCCGCGAUGCAGGGGAGCGGAUCUGCCAGGUGGUGUCGGAGGGCGGGCGGGCGGCAGCGUGGAAGGUGUACUUCUACGUGUCGCCCUACGAGCGCACGCGGUCGACGCUGCGGGAGAUGGGUCGGGCGUUCCCCCGGAAGAGGAUCAUCGGGGCGAGGGAGGAGUGCCGAAUCCGGGAGCAGGACUUCGGGAACUUCCAGGUGGAGGAGAGGAUGAAGGCCAUCAAGGAGACGCGGGAGCGCUUCGGUCGCUUCUUCUUCCGCUUCCCGGAGGGCGAGUCCGCCGCGGAUGUCUUUGACCGGGUCACAAGUUUCAUGGAGUCGCUGUGGAGAGACAUCGACAUGCGGCGGCUGGAGCAGGAGGACAACGCCAACGUGAAUCUGGUGAUCGUGUCGCACGGCCUGACCUCGAGGGUGUUCCUGAUGAAGUGGUUCAAGUGGACGGUGGACGAGUUCGAGCGGCUGAACAACCCGGGCAACUGCGAGAUCAGAGUGAUGCAGCUGGGCCCGGGCGGCGACUACAGCCUCGCCAUCCACCACCAGCCGGAAGAGCUGCAGCGGUGGGGGCUGUCGCCGGAGAUGAUCGCGGAUCAGCAAUGGCGGGCCACGGCCGUGCGCGGCCGCUGGUACGACAGCUGCCCCUGGCACCUGGACAACUUCUUCCACCACCUCAAGGACUCCUCGGAGGACGACGAAUCGUCGGACGAGCGCCGGAGCGCGUGAUGCAUGUGGAGUUGGCGUUUCAGAAUCGAUGGAGGGUUGCCUUUGGAGGCCUUGGCGUUUCCGAGUCCAUGGAGAAUUACCCGUCCUCCUCGGGCACGCUCUUGGAGACAAGUGGCGCAGACGACUCCCCCUUCUGUCCUCUGGCGCCGUUACAUCCAGCCGCUCCCCCUUUGAUGCUUUGGUACAUCCCCGGGGGGAUGUACCGCAAUGAGGGAGACAGUGGCGCGUUCCCACCGACACGUGUCAGAUUGAUUGCGAAUUAGAGAGAUAAAAAAUAAGACUUUUGGUCGGUUCAAUUCAUCGGAUCGUUUUCUUCAACA